UAAAAAUGUUAAUUUAAUAUUGUCUCUUAUAGUAUUUUAUAUAUAUAUGCCUUGAAAAGUGUAGACUCGAUCUUCAACUAAAUUCAUUUAGAUCAAGGUAAGUGGAUGCUUCAAUAAAUUUAUUUGAAUGUAACAUCAGUAUAAAUAGAGUACCUCUGCUGGAAAAUUCCUCUAUGUAGCAAUGGCUAACCCUUUCUCUGGUGUAUUUGGUUUACUUCAGCUCCUUUCCAUCACUUUCAUUCUUCCUUGCGUUAAUUCGAUUUCCUUUAAUAUACCUCGUUUCGACUCUGGUGCAAACAACAUACUCUACCAGGGUGCUGCGAGGCCUAAUGUUGGAGCUGUUGAAUUCAAUAGUCUCACCUUUGUUUGUCAAGUUGGUAGAAUUAUCUUCGCUGAAAGUGUACCAAUUUGGGAUUCUGAGACUAGAGAAGUUACAAGUUUCACCAGUCAUUUCUCCUUCAUCAUUGACACCCAAGGUAAAGCUAGUUCAGACUAUUCAGCCGGCCUUGCUUUUUUCCUUGCCCCCGUUGGGAGCGAAAUUCCACCGAACUCGGCAGGUGGAUUUCUAGGCUUGUUUAACACCACAACCAUUGAUUCAUCUGGGAACCAAGUUGUUCUUGUGGAGUUUGAUACUUUCUCCAACACUGACUGGGAUCCAGAAGUUGAGCAUGUGGGUAUCAACAUCAACUCGAUUUCUUCAGUUAAGUAUGCUCCCUGGAACUUUAGUUUGUACAGCGAAGACACUGCUGAUGCAUGGAUUUCUUAUAAUGCUACUACUAGGAAUUUGAGCGUCACUUGGAGUUAUCAGAACUCUAGUUCUCAAGGGAGUCUUUCUCACCAAAUUGAUCUGACGGAGAUUCUGCCAGAAACGGCCAUAGUAGGGUUUUCAGCCGCUACAAGUCAUCGCAUAGAGCGGCAUCAGCUUGUGUCAUGGGAAUUUAAUUCUAGUUUGGAAAGAAAGGCAAUCAAGGAGAAAAACACCAACAGGAUCAGAAUAGUUAUUGGUGUAGCAGUUCCAUUGGGUAUACUAGUAAUCGCGGGGUGUAUAGGAUUUAAGAUUUUAUUGUGUUGGAAAAGGAGGAAGAGAUCAUAUCAAUAUAUGGAAGGAACUUUCGGGAUUAACGAUGACCUUGAAAGAGGGGCUGGACCAAGAAGAUUUUCUUACAAAGAUCUUGUUGCAGCUACAAACAAUUUCUCGAGUCAGAGGAAGUUAGGGGAGGGAGGAUUUGGUGCUGUUUAUAAAGGGUACAUUAAUGAGCUAGAUACAACAAUUGCAGUAAAGAAAAUUUCAAAGGGCUCCAGACAAGGGGAAAAGGAGUAUGUAACUGAAGUGAAGGUGAUUAGCCAGUUAAGACACCGGAAUCUAGUGCAACUGAUCGGUUUUUGUCAUGAUGGAGGAAUGUUUUUACUUGUCUAUGUGUUCAUGUCAAAUGGUAGCCUUGAUUCUCACCUUUUUGGUAAGAAGACUCCUCUCAAUUGGAAUUUGAGAUAUAAAGCAGCCCGCGGUGUAGCCUCUGCCUUGCUAUAUAUCCAUGAAGAGUGGGAGCAGUGCGUGGUCCAUCGUGACAUCAAACCAAGCAAUAUAAUGCUAGAUUCCAAGUUCAACGUCAAGCUUGGUGACUUCGGAUUAGCUCGGCUUAUGGACCAUGAGCUAGGUCCUCGAACAACAGGGCUGGCAGGUACAUUAGGUUACAUGGCUCCGGAAUACAUAAAAACCGGCAGAGCGAGUAGAGCCUCAGAUGUGUAUAGUUUCGGUGUAGUCGCCUUAGAAAUUGCUACAGGGAGAAGGUCGGUUGAUCCAAUCGAAGAAAACUCACAAAUUGGUUUGGUAGAAUGGGUUUGGCAUCUCUACGGAAGUGGAAACCUUUUUUCUUCGGUGGAUAAGAGGAUGAAUGCAGAAUUCGAUGAAAAGCAAAUGGAGUGUUUGAUGAUUGUUGGGCUAUGGUGUGCUCAUCCUGACAGCAACCUCAGACCUUCAAUCAAGCAAGUGAUUCAAGUUCUUGAUUUCGAUUUGGGAAUCCCAAAUCUCCCUUCAAAGAUGCCUAUUCCAACAUACCAAGAACAUGUAGCAUCAAGCAGUUCACGUGAACCAAUUUUAACCAAUUCGAGCCUUGAGGUGGGUCGUUAGGCAAGUGUCAUCAUUUCUUACAAUGAAAAGAAAUUAAUAAUGCCUUAAUAUCUCACGUCUUUAUGUUAGCCUACAUAUGUAUAUCUCCUUUCUUAGAACAUUUAUACUAUUUCUAGUUCUUUUGCUAGACAUGUGGCAUGUAACUUUUUUUAUUA